GUGUAGUCCCCUCCCCUGUCCUCUCUCUGGCUGUGCUGUCAGCUGAUGUGUAGUCCCCUCCCCUGUCCUCUCUCUGGCUGUGCUGUGCUGUCAGCUGAUGUGUAGUCCCCUCCCCUGUCCUCUCUCUGGCUGUGCUGUGAUGUCAGCUGAUGUGUAGUCCCCUCCCCUGUCCUCUCUCUGGCUGUGCUGUCAGCUGAUGUGUAGUCCCCUCCCCUGUCCUCUCUCUGGCUGUGCUGUCAGCUGAUGUGUAGUCCCCUCCCCUGUCCUCUCUCUGGCUGUGCUGUCAGCUGAUGUGUAGUCCCCUCCCCUGUCCUCUCUCUGGCUGUGCUGUCAGCUGAUGUGUAGUCCCCUCCCCUGUCCUCUCUCUGGCUGUGCUGUGAUGUCAGCUGAUGUGUAGUCCCCUCCCCUGUCCUCUCUCUGGCUGUGCUGUGCUGUCAGCUGAUGUGUAGUCCCCUCCCCUGUCCUCUCUCUGGCUGUGCUGUGAUGUCAGCUGAUGUGUAGUCCCCUCCCCUGUCCUCUCUCUGGCUGUGCUGUCAGCUGAUGUGUAGUCCCCUCCCCUGUCCUCUCUCUGGCUGUGCUGUCAGCUGAUGUGUAGUCCCCUCCCCUGUCCUCUCUCUGGCUGUGCUGUCAGCUGAUGUGUAGUCCCCUCCCCUGUCCUCUCUCUGGCUGUGAUGUCAGCUGAUGUGUAGUCCCCUCCCCUGUCCUCUCUCUGGCUGUGCUGUCAGCUGAUGUGUAGUCCCCUCCCCUGUCCUCUCUCUGGCUGUGCUGUGAUGUCAGCUGAUGUGUAGUCCCCUCCCCUGUCCUCUCUCUGGCUGUGCUGUCAGCUGAUGUGUAGUCCCCUCCCCCUGUCCUCUCUCUGGCUGUGCUGUCAGCUGAUGUGUAGUCCCCUCCCCUGUCCUCUCUCUGGCUGUGCUGUCAGCUGCUGUUUUUAUCAGACAUGUUUUUGGCACUGAUAAACCCUUCGGUGAAAACAUUAGUUUGACAGUUGUCAUAAACAUGUCUUGAGUAACGGCGUUGCCAUGAAACCAUUUAAUGACGCCUGAGAUGGAAAACACAUUUUCCCGGCCUAGUUGGGAGGGGGAGGUGUUUUGAGGGGACACGACUCUGGUGCGACGCUGUGUUUGUUCCCCCUUCAGGCCUCGGGGAGCGAGGGCCAGACGGGGGACAGGCAGGAGGAGAGAGAGAGGCUGCGCAGAGUGCUCAAACAGAUGGGACGAAUCAAGUGUCCUAACGAGGGCUGCUCGGCCCAUUUCUCCAGUCUGAUGGGGUACCAGUACCAUCAGAAGCGCUGUGGCAGAGAGCUGUCAGAGGAGGACAAGCCUGUGUUUCUGUGUCAGCACUGUGGGAAGACCUACCGCUCCAAGGCUGGCAGAGACUACCACCUCCGCACUGAACACCGCACCCCCACCACCACCAACACCCCCAACACCACCAACAUCAACGAUACCAACAACACGAACGCCAGCAGAGGGGUGAGCACAGAGGAGUCCCAGACACAACCUGGGGGAAGGGGGGAGCUGAACCACACGGAGAGAGAGAGGAAGGAAAAGGAGAAGUGGCAAGAGUUGUCUGCAGGUAGGGAGAAAGAGAGAGAGGAGGGGAGAGAGAGGGGUGGGGAGAGAGAGGGGCUGGAGGAGGACUUUGAGAGGACUCCCAGUGGUAGGGUGAGACGUCGGUCGGCCCAGGUAGCAGUGUUCCACCUGCAGGAGAUAGCAGAGGAUGAACUGACCAAGGACUGGGGAACCAAGCGCCGCAUCAAAGAUGACCUGGUACCGGACAGCAAGAGGUUGAACUACACUCGGCCUGGCCUUCCCAAGUUCAGUCCCAAGCUGCUGGAGAGCUGGAAGAACGAGGUCAAGGAGAAGGGUUUCCUCUGCUGCUCCAACGGAAGCUGUGAAGCUGUUUACUCCAGUGUGUCCGGGCUCAAAGCUCAUCUAGCUAACUGUAACCAGGCAGGGGGCGACGCAGGGAAGUACACCUGCUUACUGUGUCAGAAGGAAUUCAGCUCAGAAAGUGGUGUCAAGUACCACAUCAGCAAGACACAUUCACAGAACUGGUUCCGAGCCUCUAGCCAUGUGGUGCCCAGCAGCAGCAAGAGCAAACCGGCAGAAAACAAAGAGUUUGAGAAAAAGGAGGUUAAGAACGGUGCCACCACAGGAAAGAAGAGAGGCCGCAAGCCCAAAGAGCACCCCCCUCAGGCCACCCCUGUCCAAACAAAGACUCCUUUCAGUUCUACCCAAAUCUCAUCCUCCACCCCCACCCCAAACCCAACUUCAGCCGCCACCCCGAACACGGCCCAAGUCCAGCACCAGGCCCAGUCCCAGAUCCCGACAGAGAGGGUGAACCUGGAGACCCCGACAUUAAACAGACAGCCCAACCCCCCCACCACACGGAAGGGAAAGACCAAGAGGGUGCCCCCUCCCUCAGAGUAGAUCUGCUUUCACUAACCCAGGAGCCAGAGAGGAUGCUAUCUCUCUGGCUAGCCAUCCACAUUACGCCAGUAAGCUCAAAGACGUUAUGGACGACACAAGGACUGGGGGACAGCGAACUAAACUAAAAAUAACCAUAGAGACGUGAAAACAAUUAGUUCAUGCGUUUGAUUUCACUCUGAUCUUUGUGUUUUAACCUUAUACUGUAUACGGUGUAUGUGUCUACUGGUAUAUGCUGAUGUAACAGUUCAUUUUUUCUCCAUUCCAUUUCUAAGCAUAAUUUCAGUUAAGCUAUUCACAACAGGGGUUAAUUGUAAUCAAAGUUAAAAUCCCACUCAAUAUAUAAAUAGCAUUUUCUAAACAAAAGUCAUAUUUCAAUAGAAUUUUGCAUAAUUCCCUAUACAUGUCUGUAGAUUCAUGUUGUGCUUGAGAGAUUUUUUAAAGGAUAUUCUAUUAGCAUGGUGAGGUAAUUUACUGCUAGUGAUUUUUCAAUGGAUAUACUGUACUGUGUAUAUAUACAAUAUCUAUAUCUAUAUAUCUAUAUACUCAAAGCAAUGACGUCAUCCAUCGUUUUUUCAAGGCAGGAAGGUCAAAUUUGCAUUUUGUUGUUUUCCACUUUGGCGUCUUGAGUUUGUUUUUCAUUGUGGCAGCUGAAUGCCGAAGUAGAGAGCUCUUUUCAUCAGUCUGCUUCAGUGCAAUAUAGUCAUGUGUUUUUGUCACUUUCUUUGUUGUUUUUUGGCCCAGAGUACACACUGUUACGCAUAAAUCAAACUCUUUCUUCUGUUCUUAUGCUGUUUAAGUAUUUAUAGUAAUUUUGUUAAUUUCAAACAUUUACACUGAAAUGUGGGAGUUAUUUUUUAUUUUACAUAUGAUAUGAGAUUUUAUCAAAUUUUUGAGACAUUAAUUAUACCUUGGGGCACAAGAGUAUGAUUGAGGAUGUUUACGCAAACAUUUCUAAACUAAAAUCUGUAUCUACACCAAGCAAUGUAAACGGCAUAUCCACAAAGUUUGAAGAUGAAAAAAUGUUGUUAAAUAUAUGUUUCCACUGCUAUUGUUGCUAAUUAUGGACUAAAUGCUGAAUCUAACAGUGGGAAAGUAUUUGACCAGAGUUGCACCAUUGCAGCACAAUCAAAUGAGUUGUCACCAUUUUGGAGCUUGAAGUCCGACUUGAGGCUGAUCUGGAGAAAUCUACUUGCUCUUGUUUGAAUGAAAUCACUCAGAAAAGGCAGCGGCAUAUGUCUUUUUAUAGAAAAUUGAAGUCAGUUUGAAAAUAAUAUUUUAUGAAACGAAAAAGAAACCCUGCAAAUAUAGUUUCUAAAAACAGUUGUCUUGCACUAACCCUAACCCUUCCCUCCCUUCCCCCUGUUGUGUCUUUCUGCACUUGAAGAGCACUGCUAAUCUUUCACCCCAACAUUAAUGCUCCGGAAGAGGCUGCCCUUAGACACAGAUCUAGAAACCAGCCUGCCCUCCCUAAAUUCUAACCUUAACCAUUAUGGGCAAAGACACAAAACUGGCCAUAGGUCAGUGUCUAAGGGGCAGUUUCACCCUACUCAAACCUUGACCCCCUAUAUGGUUGUAACCAGGACUAAAAAAGAAACCGAGUGGUGUCCAGAAAUAAGUACUUUUAGUCCUCUGUGACCUGCAUUCUAACCAGAUUUAAUGACAAAUGGGAAAAUAACAGGGCCACCUGUCUAACUCAGAAUCCUAACAAAGCCAUAAAUGAUCCUCAGAAAUGCAAAACAUUUAGGCUGUUUUACCAGUCAUAACUGUUUUAUCGUAAAAUGAAUUAAGUCUAAAUUAAAUAUCUUUAAUUUAUGAAAAAUACUAGCAUGUGCAAUCAGAGAAUUUUAAUAUUUUAUCUAUAUAAUAAUUACUUAAAGUAAAUACUUGAAUUCACACAAAACAAAUGAAAUAAUUUGAUUGAAAUAAAACCCCUAAAAUCUUUCAUUUAUAUUUAUAUCAAUAGAGCAGAAUAGCUUGCUCUCAAAGCGACAGAUCUAUUUUAUAAUCACUUGUGUAUAUUAUCUAGUUAAUAUGAUAGCAAGUGGAGUUUGUAAAAAGUUAAUGGUUACAUGGUGCAAUUUAAUCAGUCUGCUUGUUCAUCCAGCACAGUUUUUCCUAAAAUUGUACUUUGCAUUAUGUCCAAAUACAGAUACUUAACUCAUACUAUAAUGUUAUAUUAACCCUUGUGCUGACAUUUUGUGUUCCUCAAGUUAGGAUUCAGCCCAAUAUCACCAUUGCAAUUUAAUUAGAUUUUCUAAAUGUCAGCCUACAUUGCUUUAAUCCAUAAUUGUCUAUUUUGGGAUGAUGGGAGUUCUCAAAGAGAUUUGGGCAAUUAAGUCAGAUGAACUCAUGGAUACCAUUUCAUGUCUCUGCGUCCAGUUUGAAGGAAGUUCAAGGUAGUUUCUGGAGCGAUCAUUAAUGACUGGAAGUCUAUGUGAUCAGCUAGCUUAAUUGCAAAAAUCUCUCACUAUCCCUUUCACAAAGGACUGGGUGUAGGCUACAUCCCUUACAUUGCAUUACGAUUGAAUACCUCCCGUAUUGUUAUAUGAACAUUUGAUAGAUUAACAACAGAGGUUAGAUAGACAAGCACUGAUGGAACCUUGCGCUUUUCAAAACAGUUCUUCAGACCUUGGCCAUUGGCUCUCGUCUAGUGACUGGCUUUUGUGUAUAGGGAGAAUGAGCACCUUGGCUGGAGUUCAGUUAUAGAACAUGCAUUCUCACAAAGCCUUUGCAGAAACAUUCUACAGGCUACACAUGAAUUCCAACCCUUUAUUAUGAGAGGAUGCUAAGAACAGUUAGUAGUUGGGUGUGGAGUUUUGGCACAGUAUCAAUUAUGAGUUGCUUGUUGAUUGUUUGAUUUUUACGUCAUAUUGACUGCUAUUGUUUACCUGACAAGCUUUGGUGUUUGCAAUAUAAUAGUUUAGCACUGCUUACCAUUGUGGAUAUUAUUAUAUACUUUAUUUGACCCUUUACUACCUGUCUUCCUAGAUGAUGUGGGAAACAUAUAUCCCGCAGUUUGAGCUAACGUAGAAUACAGCAGCAACUGCAACAAUAUCUUUAGAGAGUAUAGCAAUACACCAUAUUUUGACGGUCACAUUGGCUUGCUAAUGUCUUGAUAUCCAGUGUAAUUUACACAUUGAAUGGCUCAUUUAUUUCACCUACCCUAUCCUUUAGUUUGUUUGCUUAAGAAUUGUCUUUUCUCAGUGACAAAUCAAAAAAAGAAGAAAAAAAUGAAACAAAAAAAGGUGAAGUGGAAGUCCAUCAAAUGUGAUGGUAUGUGUUGAAAUACACUGUUUACCGUGUUUGACGAUGCACAUUUCAUUUAGCUCUUCAGGACACAUUGGCACACAUAUGGAGGAUGUUCAUUUGUCGAUAUCUAAGGGUGAACAAGGAGGUGUGUGUGUGUGUGUGUGUGUGUGUGUGUGUGUGUGUGUGUGUGUGUGUGUGUGUGUGUGUGUGUGUGUGUGUGUGUGUGUGUGUGUGUGUGUGUCUGUGUGUGUGUGUGUGUGUUUGUUUUUAGUGCACUUACUAUCCAAUGAAAUAGGCUUGAAUUAGGAGUGUUGUCUCCAGAGCUUUUUAGUGGUCUGGACUGUGUGUGGUUUGACUUUUGUACCUGGGCAUAGGCUAAGGUGUCUUCCCUUUUUUCACAAAAUGCUAUUUCUCCCUUUAAUGUUUUAUCUUACAAACAUUCACAAUCUCAAACGGCUUCAGAUGACUCUUUGUUUUGAAAAUUGACCAUUAUAGAGAGGAUACAAAAUGAUUGGUUAUGUUGAGAAGAAUACCUAUGAUGUUUUUCCUGUUUUCUAUGUUGAAGUUGUUCAUAUCUGAAGCUAUAUCCUAACUAGGGAGGCACCACACCUCUGAAUCUGGUCUGUUACAAUUUUUUAAAAUUGUUGUAUUACCUGUGCAUUAUUAUCCCUCAAAUAAUGAAUAAAAAUGUUGUUGACUAAG